AUGCGCUUGGCCAGAGCCUGCUUGCUCCUUGUUGCUGCUGCCAGAGCCCUCACACUGCCGCCGGCACGCACGACUCGUCUCCGCGCGCCUGUCCCCAGCGUUGCCCGGCGCACAACGAUUCUCCGCGCCGAGGCUGAGGAAGCGAACGUGGGCACCGCUGUGCGCAACAUCGCGCCGUGGCUCUUAUUCGUCCUCGUCGGUACGCCGCCGCGUAGCAAUCAUUUUUCGCGUCAAUCUCGACGCCAUCGAGCUGUCACUCAGCCCACCGGUCGACCCCACACAGAGCCGGCGCUGCGCAUCCCGAACUACAAGGAGUGCGUCGCCGAGAAGGGCCACGAGGCCUGCGCGAACUUGCUGCCCUUCUUCCAGUGGCUCUACGAGCACGGGUUGGACGUCGCCGCCCUCUGAGAUGGCUACGUCGUCCUUGGUCCGGCUGUGCAUCUACGUGCCGGGCACCUUCUACUGCAACCCGUUUUAGCCUGUGUGGAAUCGCCACGCCAUCGCACAGAUGCAGCUACGGGAGCACGUCGCGUCGAUUGGUGAGGCGCCCGAAAUUUGAUUUCCACGCAGGUUUAAGCCUUUCCUCAACGCCGUCGCCGGCUCGUCGUACGGCAUGGCGUACGGCCACUUCCGCCGCGACCACUCGGACCCCCUGAACGUGUGGCUGCACGUGGGCUGCCUCUUCCUGCAGAUCUUCGGCAACUUCGCGCUCCUCGACUGCCUGGACCGGACGCUCGGCACGCGCAGCGUCGCGCCGUUCACGGCGGCCGCGUGGGCGCUCGCUCUGGGGCGCACGCCGUCGCCCCCGAGCGUGCGAGCCUUCACCAUCGCCCUGCUGGCGGUCGCGAGCCGGGGGUGCGCGGCCCUGGCGCCGAGAGACUACUAUGCGUCGCUCAUGCUCCUCACGGGCCCGCUCGAGCUGAUUUGUUACUGGCUCUACCUGCCCGACCACAACCUCAAGCGGCCCGGGGCGCCGUGGUUUUGCGCCGCGCUCGCCGCGCGGACGGCGUUUUGCCUAUUCCUCCGCGGCCAUGUGGGUUUGUUGGGUGUCACGCCGGCGGUCGGCGCCGCAGGAGUAGUAGCGCUGCUUAUGGUCGGGUCGCUAGUGAGGUCGCGGAACAACCUGCCGCUGGUCAGCCAGUUCGGCUCGGCGCUCUGGGUUCCCGCGCUGCUCUUAGACCAGCCCUGGGUCUACUUCCUGUCGCUCAGCUUCAUGGGCGCGGGCCUCCAGGGCGUCGCGCACGAGAUCACGCGCCAGAAGGGAACGCUCAACCAACUGACGGACGCGGGCUACGAGCUCGCGCACACGUCCUUCUUCCCCGUGCUCACUUUGCAGAGUCUGCAUCAUUCCUCAUACGGGCCGUUCGCGGCGACGGUCGCGGCGCUCGGCGCGCACGGCGACGCGCGGUCGCGGCGGGCGCUGGGGCUGCGCGACUAG